AGCUCCAUUAAGCUACCUGCGGGCAUCACACGCACGCACGCGCCGUACAGACAGACGCGUAGUGUGCGCGUGUUCGUGUGCGUGAUCUUCAACCUUUUAGCACUUUGCAAUUUUUCCUGCAGUGGACAUCACACACUGUCACGCGUGCACGCGCUCCCCUCGUCGUCGCACGCGCGCACGCAGCAGCACCGAGGGAGCGAUCGAUACUCUACAUCCCGGAGAGGAGUCGCGCCGCGCGGGAGAACCGGAGGACGACGGCGGAACAAUGACGCUCGGCCGCCAUGUCUAAAGCGACGGCGAAGAAGCUGCACUGGCGCUCGAAGGUGCAGGAGAGCUUCGUCCCGCUGGGCGGCGGCUCCGGUGAGCUGGGGCUCGCCAUCGGGGGUGGGGCGGACUAUGGCGAGUUCCCAUUUGUGACCGCGGCCCCCGGGGGCGGGGCCACCGUGGGGGAUAUCAUUUUAGAGAUCGGAGGGACGCCCGUGUUGGGGAUGACCCUCGGUGAUGUCAGAGGAGUCCUCAACUCCUGUCCUCAUCCAAUCAGAAUCAAGACCGUCUCACCAGGGGCGUCCCUCUGUAAGGACCUCAGGUUGUACCUCAGUAAGUGUUUCACUCCCGGCUCCGUGGACAGUCAGUUGCAGCAGCUCAUCAGAGAGAACCUGUACCUGAGAGCUGUACCCUGUACAACCAGGCAGCCUCGGGACGGGGAGAUCUCAGGUGUGGACUACAACUUCGUGUCCAUCGAGGAGUUCUUCUCGCUGGAGGAGUCCGGCGCUCUGCUGGAGAGCGGCAAGUUCAAAGGGAACUACUACGGGACGCCCCGCCCAGUCCACAUCGGCCUGGAGAGUCCACCAAUCACGUACCAGGAGCACCGGAACCUGCUGAGGAACUUCAGGACGAGGAGCAAGUCUCUGAGUAACCUGGAGAAGGCCGUGGAGGAAGGAGACAACAGCGAGGAGGACAGCGGCCUGUCAGCAGGUUCGGCUGGAGUCCCGCCCACCAUCCUGCCUUUCAGCCAAUCGUGGGAGUCGGCGGUGGGGAAUCGGGAGGGAACGGAGAAUGGAGGAGCAGGAAGAGGAGGAAGAGGAGGAGGAGCAGGAGGAGCAGGAGGAGGAGGUCAGCUGCCUGAAAACUGGGAGCUGGCCUUCAGUGACUCAGGAGAGCCGUAUUACAUCAAUCAUCACUCAAAGAUGACCAGCUGGCUGGAUCCUCGAACUCAGAGCAAAGAGACAACUCCCUUUACAGAACUCCCAGAGUUCAGCGAGCAGCCCGGCCAGCUGAAGGGUUACUCCAUCCACACGCGGCUGUCUAAAGGCCCUCGAGGCUUCGGCUUCAACAUCGUUGGAGGAAGUCGACCCAGAGAGUUCCUCCAGGUGUACAGUGUCACACCUGGAGGGCCCCCAGCUCUAAGCACAGCGGACAUCCUGGUCUACAUCAACGACGGCUGUGUGCUGGGCCGCUCUCACAAGGAGGUGGUGGAGCUGCUGAAGGCGGUGCCGAUGGGCCAGAGCGUGGACGUGGUGCUGAGGAGAGGCUACCCGAUGCUCUACAGCCCGGACGGGUGUCCCAAGCAGAGCCUGGAGACGCCGCAGACUCCCAGCGAGCCCCCCUACCCCCCCAACGCGAACCGCGGGCCGACACACCUCACCUUCAGCCGGACGCUGGAUGCCAACGGCAGCACGCCCGGGCCAAGCCGAACUCCGCCAUCCUACGCCGCUCAGCCAAUGACAAAUGGGCUGACGGACCCGCCGACACCCACUCCCUCUGACCCUCCAUUGGGUCCACCACCCACCCCAGAGAGGACAGCAGCCAUCAAUCACAGUGACUCCGAUGGCGGCCUGUCAAAUGUUGGAACACGCAGGUCUUCUCUGAUUCGCUACAACAGCAGCACCCUCCCCACCUUCUCCUCCUCCUCCCUCCUCCAGCAUCAGAGCUCCAAGUCUUCAGAAAGCGAUCUUUCUACGUCAACGCUCCCCAUGUCCUCCUCCACGCUCCCCAUGUCCUCCUCCUCCACGCUCCCCAUGUCCUCCUCCUCCACGCUCCCCAUGUCCUCCUCCUCCACGCUCCCCAUGUCCUCCUCCACGCUCCCCAUGUCCUCCUCCAUGCUCCCCAUGUCCUCCUCCACGCUCCCCAUGUCCUCCUCCACGCUCCUCAUGUCCUCCUCCUCCACGCUCCCCAUGUCCUCCUCCACGCUCCUCAUGUCCUCCUCCACGCUCCCCAUGUCCUCCUCCACGCUCCCCAUGUCCUCCUCCAUGCUCCCCAUGUCCUCCUCCACGCUCCCCAUGUCCUCCUCCACGCUCCUCAUGUCCUCCUCCUCCACGCUCCCCAUGUCCUCCUCCACGCUCCCCAUGUCCUCCUCCUCCACGCUCCCCAUGUCCUCCUCCUCCACGCUCCCCAUGUCCUCAUCCUCCACGCUCCCCAUGUCCUCCUCCACGCUCCUCAUGUCCUCAUCCUCCACGCUCCCCAUGUCCUCAUCCUCCACGCUCCUCAUGUCCUCCUCCUCCACGCUCCCCAUGUCCUCCUCCACGCUCCUCAUGUCCUCCUCCUCCACGCUCCCCAUGUCCUCCUCCACGCUCCCCAUGUCCUCAUCCUCCACGCUCCCCAUGUCCUCAUCCUCCACGCUCCCCAUGUCCUCCUCCUCCACGCUCCUCAUGUCCUCCUCCUCCACGCUCCCCAUGAGCUCCUCGUCCUCUCACACGCUGUUCAAACUGCACAUCUCUCAGCCGGCGACGGGCCUCCUACAAACCUCUACCAGCCCCACUGCCGCGAACACACCCACCUCCUCCUCACCUCCUGGUGCUCCUGUGCAGCGCCCACCGAUGCCCCAGACUUCCCUCGCCCCGACCCCACCCAGAGACGUCCCAUCCUGCGGCUUCAACGGCUGUCCAGCCAAUCACCAAGUGCCCUCCCCAGCCUCCAGAGGAAACCCUGGGCUGGUGCUCCCCCUCGGGGCAGGGCCGCCAGGAGGAGCUCCUCCUCCAGAACUGGUACCGGUGGCCCUCGGGCGCAGUGAGAGCGGGGGGCUGGGAUUCAGCGUAAUGGCGGGGGGUCAAGGAGGUCAGCUGGCGGUGGUGAGGCGGGUCUGGGAUCGUAGGCACUGCCCCUCGCUACAGACGGGGGACACUAUAGUGAAGAUCAACGGGGCGGACGUACAGAGCCUUAGCCUCUCUCAGGUCCAGAGAGUCCUGCAAGAACACACCAAACAGGGAGAGGUGGUACUCCUGGUCUACAGAGGAGGUCCCAUGUCGUCCCCAGUCGUCACCCCCAACCUCUACAAGCCCGUGCCCUCCCCACACAGCCUGGCCACUCCCUCUUCCUCCCAACCCCCGCCUUUAGCCGACUUGCCUUCCCCGUCCGCGGGUGCCUUGGUGGGGGGCGUACCCCCACUGAACCAUGCUGGCUUGGUCCUUGAUAGUCCCCAGGAGGGGCACCUACCAGCCCCAGGGACCCACCAAGGAGCCACUCCUGCCCAGACUCCAAACGGGCUGCCAGCCUUGGCCCUCAUCCAGAGCACCAGUUUCCUGGACUCCGUUCCCGUGACGCUGACCUUGGAGCCACGUGAUCUGCUGGGAGUCGAGGAGAGCGCCGGUGGGCCUCCUCCCUUCAGAGGGGGAGUUGGGGGAGGAGCACUGGGAGCAAUAGCCAAGGACGGAAGAGGAGGAGCAAAGACGGUGGAGGUGGAUCUGAGGAGGCGGGCCGGAGAAGGUUUUGGAUUUGUCAUCGCCUCUCAGGAAGUGACCAAUGGGGCCCCCUCCCUGGUGUCCCACCGGUUCGUGACCGUGCGCCGUGGCAGCCCCGCGGCGCGCAGCGAGCAGAUCCAGCCUGGAGACCAGCUGGAGGCCGUGGAGGGCCGCGGGGUCGGAGGCCUGCAGCACCGAGACCUGGCCCAGAUCCUGAGGAGGGCCGGCAACACCCUGAGACUGAGCAUCACCCCCCGGCACCACCCGUCCUCUGUGUUGGGAGCAGAGCUGGACAUGAAGUCGUCCAGAGGGAGGUCAAAGGAGUCCAGGUUCUACAACGUGGAUCUGGAUCGAGGUCCAACCGGGUUCGGGUUCUCUCUGAGGGGGGGCAGCGAGUACAACAUGGGGCUCUAUGUCCUGGGUCUGAUGGAGGGGGGGCCGGCCCAGAGGAGCAACAAGAUCCAGGUGUCGGACCAGCUGGUGGAAAUAAAUGGAGACAGUACGUCAGGGAUGACUCACAGUCAAGCUGUGGAGCAGAUCAGGAGAGGAGGACACCGGAUCCACCUGGUCCUCAAGAAGGGGAACGGAUACGUGCCCGACUAUGACCCUGAGGAAGGAGCCCUCCCCUCUUCUCUCGCAGAGGAGGAAGAGGAGGACACAUUAACCAUUACAACCGCCUCCCUCAGCCUGCAGCGGGGAGGAGGAGGAGAAAGAGGAGGAGGAGGAGAAAGAGAAGAGAAGAGGAGGAGGAGAGAGGGAGAAGCCAAACAAAGAACCGGAGGACGAAGAGGAAAGGAAGGAGGGGGGCCUCCUGAUCUGGACCUGGAUGUGGCAGAGGAAGAUGCACGAGAGGAGGAUGAGGAAGAGGAGGAGAGGAGGAGGAGAAGCCAGACCGUCAGGCAGAGGGAGAAGCGAGACAACCAGAGGGAGCAGGGGAAGAGGAGCAGGAGCUUACCCAGGAUCAGUGCCCCGUCGUGGGACGCAUUGCCGCCGCUGAAGAAGGUGGAGGAGUCUGGAGGAGGAGUGAAGGAGAGGAGGAGGAGGGUGACGGAGGCCGAUGAGGAGGAGAGGGGAGAACGGAGAGAUCACAUCGCCUCCCGCCACGCAAACCGUUCUGGGAGCUCGGUUGCGGCUCAGAAGGUGGCGUUCUCCUUCCUCAUGCCGAUGGACGACAGCGACGAGCGCGGGCGUCCGUCUGACAGCGAAUCGGCAACCGGCCUAUCGGAGGGCGGCUCAUCGGCGGCCGGCGGCGCCGGGGCCGGGUGGAGGGAGGGCUCUGAUUGGAGGAGAGCCAGGAGGCAACAGGACGACGCCCCGGGCCCCUGGCUGAAGCCGAACCGGCAGAGGCUAACAAACGUCCUGAUUGGCAGUCGGCUCAGUGGGAGGAGUGAGCUCUCUCUCUGAUUGGACGAGAACAUUCUCCUUUUUCAUUCACAGGUUUUUUUAGGCUACUUAUAAGGGCUUUUUCGAUUGGCCUGCGGAGAGAAGAACCACCUCUUCCUGCGUCUGAUAGGAUGACAGUAUAUGGCCUGUUUCUGAUUGGACGAUGAGAAAAACGAAGACACAAGACUUGAUUUUUAUUAUCUGGUUGGCGGGUAAUGAGGCCUCUGAUUGGCCAAUGACAUUACAGCUUCUCACACAGCAGACAAAUUAACUAACAAUCUGAUUUUUAUUGUACCCAUCAUCCCUCAGUGCAGCCUGAGACCUGUAUCACAGAGCCAGAUCAGCGUUAUCCUGCUAACUUUGGGCUUAACUCAGGUUAACUUCUAACCAACAAACCAAUCAGAUCACUGACAAGGACCAAUAUUGAAGAGCAAUCAAUAUUUGUAUUGGUCGGUAAAAUUAAUAUCAAAUAAUGUUUCAAACAGAUAACAGCUGCAUAUUGAUUAUGUAAUUUAAUGUAAAAUAACCUUUAUUAACACACUGAUAGCAAAUAAAAACUACCGUUGUCACCUUUAAUUAACUAUUUUUAAUGCAGAAUAAAAUCAUAAAAUGAA